AGGACCUCACCCUCAUCCUCCCCCAGCGCCUCCGCCCUCCUCCCUCCGGCUCCCCACCAGGCUUACCGACUUGACAAUUCCCUCUCCACAAUGGUCUCUCUCACCCUAGCCAUCCUGUCCCUCGCGGCAGGAGCCCUGGGCGCAUCCAGGACCAGCGCGCCAUCCGGCUGCAUCACGGUGCGGUCCGGCGCCAGCAUCCAGCAGGCGGUCAACUCGUUGUCUACGACGGCGUCGGGAACGCAGUGCAUCUUCCUGGAGCGCGGCACGUACCAGGAGCAGGUGCUCGUGCCGGCGCGCAAGGCCCAGCUGACCAUAUACGGCUACUCGACCGACACGCUGAGCCACAACGGCAACGGGGCGCUCAUCACGCAGCGAAGGUCGCAAAAGGACGGCCUAUCCAACGACGAGACGGCCACCCUGCGCGUCAAGGCGGCCAACUUCAAGCUGUACAACGUCAACGUCGACAACAGCUACGGCGAGGGAAGCCAGGCCGUCGCCCUGAGCGCCUACGCCGACAGCGGAUACUACGGCUGCCGAUUCACCGGCUUCCAGGACACGGUGCUGGCCAACCAGGGCAAGCAGCUGUACGCGAGGUGUCUGGUCCAGGGCGCCACCGACUUUGUCUUUGGCCAGUACGCCGCCGCAUGGUUUGAGAAGAACGACGUGAGGGUCCUGGGCAAGUCUCUUGGGUACAUCACCGCAAACGGCCGUCUUGACAACAGCAACCCGUCCUACUACGUCUUCAACAACUGCAACGUCGCCGCUGCAUCGGGCCAGACCGUGCCCAAGGGUGCCUACUACCUCGGCCGACCGUGGCGCGAGUUUGCACGCGUCGUGUUCCAGAACACGGCCAUGACCGAGGUCGUCAACUCGGCCGGGUGGAAGACGUGGAACACGGGCGACGAGCGCAUCAGCAACGUCCUGUUUGGCGAGUACCGCAACUCGGGCGCCGGGUCGCAGGGACAGCGCGCCUCCUUUUCGAAGCAGCUGGGGUCGGCCGUCGGCAUCGAUUCGAUUCUAGGUAGUGGUCAUCGCAGCGCAGCCUUUUAUGACGGUUCUUAUAUGUAAAAUGGGUCGAGAGGCGCGGGUGGAUGCUGCAUUUGGACUUUUCAUCUCUGGGGGGUUUUUGACACAAACAAACAGGCGCGUGACUGGACCACCGGCUAUUCUGAGCCUCGGGACAAACAAAGGAAGCGCUAAAGCAACCACAGGGUUAGAAUCGUGACAAUACCUAGUGACAUUGUGGCCUCGUUUAAUCACUGAAGACCGGACUGUGGUUAGCUUCGCAUCUUGAGCCAGUAGAGUCAAUCCAAUGUUCAUACCA